AUGGAGGACAGCCAACUUGAUCUAUCAAAGCAGGGGCAAAAUUUAUCUCAGAACAAAGAAUUGAUAGAUAAAAUUAAGAAUACUAUUGGAAACAACAACAAUAACCAAGAGAAAGAAAGCCAAGAAGAAACCAAAGAUGACCAAGAAGACAUUGAUAAUAAUCAACCAGUUCAUUCCGAUGAAACUAAAGAUGACUUAAAUGGGUUGAACAAGCAACCAGACGAUUCUAAAGAAGAGUCAAAAGAUGCCAAGGAAGAGUCGAAAGAGCCAGAAGUUUUAAAUAAGAAUCCAGAUAAUAGUCCAGAAGUUCCGGAGCCUCCAAAGAAAGUAGACUUAGAACAAAUUAGAGCCAAGAUUAACAUAAUGAAUAGAAAAAGACUUGCGAAGAGUUUGCUAACUUUUCUUAAAUCAAACGCUGAAAGAAGUUUAAAAGAAAAGCUAGAACAACAAAAAUAAGCAACUUCAUCGUAAGCUAUGGGAACAGAAAGCUAUCAAUAUCAUGACUAGAAAAAGGCUCAGAAGGCUGCUGUAUCACUGGCAAGUCAUUGCAGCUGAGUAAGCUCAUUCUCUUUCAUAUUUCCAACAUAAACGGAACGCAUCCGUUACUUCAAAUAAUAAGCAUUGCAUCUCUAUUCAGAAUCAAUCAUUCGCAAUGUUGAUUGUUUGGGUUUCUGAAAGGGGCAAAAUAUAGACUUUAUCAUUUAAAGCUUAAUAGAUCCAAUGUAUAUUUUAUAGAGAAAAAUUAGAAAGAGAAGAACUUAUUCGUAAAAUGAAUUUUAUUCACAGACAACAUUGACUCAGAACUUUAUUCUCCUGCUGGAGAGUUCUUCAGGAUCAUAAAACUCAGAGGCAAAGAUUGAGGAAAAUAGAGCAUCAGAUAAUCAACCAAAGAAAGCAAAGAGUGUAUAAUGAGCUCAAAAAUUGGGUGCGGCACUGAAAUCGAAUCAGAGGUUUCCCCUUGAAAGCUGCUAAAAAUGACCCUUUGGCGUUCCUAUCCCUGAACAGUGACUAUUUAAAGGUAAUA